AUGUCCAAUCUAGAUACAAGACAAUUACGACCUUAUUAUGAUCAUGAUACAUUCAAUGCAGGAUAUUCAGUCAUAUUCAAAAAAGAUGUUGGUUUAAUUGAUAUGUCAACUAAUAAACCUAUAACAGCAAACUUAAGUUCUUCAAAUAUUGAUAAAGUAAUAAAUAAUUCUGGUCUUCUUAUACUGAAAUCAUCAUCAUUCGGAAGAGGUGGUACUGGUACUACUGGUGGUAUUGGUAUUAAUGCUAGACAUAUAUCUACAGGGGCAACUUCCACAACUGGUGGAUCUGGUGAUAAGAAUUAUAUUUAUGAUUUAGAAUUUAAUGAAUAUUUUGAUUUACAUAAUUUAACUGAAUUAAUAAAGAAUUUAUUAUGGAAUUUUAUUAAAAAUUAUAUGAAAGUUGUAUUAUCUCAACCCUUGGAAAUUGUUAGAUUGGUAUUACAAGUUGGUAAAUUUGAUUUCAUUGAGAAGCCAUCACAACAAGUAAAACCUGAUUUAUCUAAACGAUUAUUAAGUGAAAAUAAUAUAAAUGGUAGCACCAAUGACAUAAUAGCAUUAUCGCCAACUAUUUCAACUGAUGAAGAAGAAGAAAUCAAUUAUUUCCAACCAAAUCUUGAGCAACAAGUAUGGUCAACCCAAAACUCAAUGCAUCAAGAUGCAACAGCAACAACUCCAACACCCACAUCAACAACAGAGACAGCAACUCCACAACCAGUACAAGAAGCACCAAUUGCAAGGAAAUCACCUUCUACUAAUAGUAUCCGCAAGAAAUCAAGAUCUAAUAAAAUCACACCCAAAUCAAUCCAUACCAUUGACAUCUUAACCUCUAUCGUCAAUAAAGAUGGUCCAUUUGCUUUAUUUAGAGGUAUAAACGCCUCAUUCAUCUAUCAAACCCUUUCACGUACCAUUGAAGCUUGGAUCACCGGAUUUGUUUCUCCAUUUUUGGGUGUCCCCGAUCCAUUCUUUUUAGAUCUAACCCAUUCAAAUGAUCCAUUUAAAAGUUUAUGGUUAUCUGUUUCCGCAUGUGUUUUGACGGGAUUAGUAUUAAUGCCAUUGGAUUUAAUAAGAGUGAAAUUAAUGUUGACUCAAUUCACCACCACCACGCCAGAAGAAUCAGAGAAUAAUAAUCGAUCAGUUCGAGAAUCAAUUCGAAAUUUCCCAAUUUAUUAUCUUACUCAUCCUCCAUGGCCAAUUGUAUGUUUAACUGUUCUUCAUCAAUUUUCAACUAGUAUUUUCCGUAAGGCGGCUCCAUAUAUAUUAUUAAUUAAAUUUAAUAUUGAUUCUUAUUCAAGACCAAAUAUUUUCACAUUUGUUAAUUUGAUAUCUUUGAUUAUGGAAUUUUUUAUAAAAUUACCAUUGGAGAAUUUAUUAAGAAAAUCACAAUUAGGAUUCUUGUUAUUAGAUAAAUCACAAGAUGAAAUGAAGGUGAUUACAGUUUUAAACCCGGAAGAGAAUUUAAUUGUGGAAUAUAAUUCAGGAGAAAUGAGUGAUGAAGAUGUGAAUGCAAUGAGUCUUUGGCAAAGAGUUAAACUGUUGGGAUUGUUUAAUGGGUGGAGAGUUGGGGUGCUUAAUGUGAUUGGAUUUUGGGGUUAUAAUAUUCUUAAAAGUGAUGGUGCUGAAUUAAAAGAAGAAAAAUUGUAA